AAAAACAACCUACGUCACAUUUAACAAGUAUGGCGGCGCCCUCUGAGCUGGAGGCGUCAAGUGUGUUUUGAGAGUAGCGUUCAUAAUAACGAUUUCAUAGGGUGUAUUAUCGUAAUUCCCUGUCAAAUAGGUGCGGGACGAUUAAAGUCGUGUAUCGUCGGGAAAAAUGGGAUUAGAACGGUUGCUUUGCGGGGCACUGCAGUGUUACUCCAAACAGUUUCGACUCGUUAAUAUUCAGCAAAAAGUAUUUCAAAAUGCGUCGAUGUCCACACAGACUACACCGAGCACGUCCAACGUGGUUAACCGGGUUACAUGUGUAGCCGGUCUGUUCAGCAGGAUAUUCGUGGUCACAAGCCGCCGCGGUGCCGCCGCUCACAGUCAGCCGGCUGCCCGCCUCUGCACCUCCGCCCAACCCUCCAGAGAUGUCACCCUGUUCCAGCACGACAGGACCCGCUUCUUCCGGCUCUUCUCAUUCUUCUGCGGCUGCCAGUUUCUCUUCUGGACAUACCUGGGCUACUUCGCUUACACUGGGCUCAGAGACACAAGGGGAGCUACAGAGAAGGGGAAAGCUAAGGCGUCCAGCAUCACCGGGCUGGCUGGGAUGUGGAGCUUUGAGAUGAAUCUGGGGUCAAACACCUGGAGGUACGGCUUCACACUGGGAUGCCUGGCAAUAGCAGCAGGGAUUGUCGGGGUCGGGGUGCUGUUUUGCAAGCGAUCUGUCUGCCAGGUGAUUUUACACCAAGGUGGGAGGAUGGUGACAGUUUCCACACAGUCACCGUUGGGACCAGGCCGAGGCCAGAAAAUAACAGUCCCACUGUCCCAGGUCGCCUGUCAUGCUCACAGACACGAGUCCCCCUCGUUCAUCCCACUCAGGGUCAAAGGACACAAGUUCUACUUUCUUCUGGACAAAGAUGGAACCGUGAACAACGCUAGGCUGUUUGAUAUCACUGUUGGGGCUUACCGGCCAUUUUAAGUUGUGUGGUUAUAUCACACUGUUGCUAAAACUGUGUUGGACACCAAACACCAAUGAAACUGGUCCACAAAUGUGAUUUUACAUGACUGCCAAACAAAUGUCAGUUUCUGUUUGAUUGUCUUUCUUCAAUAUAAUAAAAUCUAUGAGAUCAAA